AUGAUGAGUGGUUCUAGUAAUUCGCUCAAUGUUUUUGGUAGAAAUGAUUUAAUUCAACGGAACGUUGCCCUCAUCAAUGCAGAAGAAAAGAAAGAAGGGAAUAAUCUCUUAUUUUCCCGUGGUAAACGACCUGCGGAUGGUUCUGAAGAUUUGGAGGAGAUAACAUUGCAAUGCAAACGACCUGCAACGGAAGAAAUGGUUUUAAGGCGGCUCUCGAAUUUGAACAUCUCAAAUGUUGACAUUGGAAAACCUACUGAUGAUGCAGAUAUGUUUACCAUCGAGGAUUUAAGUGACGAUGAAUCUAGCAAUGAAGUAAAUGAUGACAAAUGUUUCAUUCUUCCUGAAGCUUUGAAGAAAGACUAUGAAUUAAUUCAAAUUCGAGGUAGUCUUCACAAUCCUUUCCUGAUGAAAUUAGCGUCUUCUUCUCUCAUCAAUGCUGUUCCCGAAACUUGCCUAGCCCUUGUCCCCUAUGUUCCCAGACCUGUUCUUCCUCCUCUUGCAUAUAAACAGGAAGAAGAUAUAAAAAAUGUAAAUGAAGAUUGUGGAAAUGAAAAAUCCGUGGGUGUUGAACCGAUGGAUUUUGCUCCUGAAAAUUUCACUAAUUUCAAUGUGCUUCCAUCAACUGUGUCUCAAUCCCUUCCAUCCUUUUCGUUUAAUUCAGGCUUCUCUUUCGGUCAAAUUGAUGUGUGA